UACACUUGUGAAGCUCCUGUCUGUCUGUUAGGCCUAUGUGGUGUUCAGUAGAGUAAUUAUGUUAAUUGAUUCUCCCAUUGUUGUAGUGUUGAUAUUUUGUUUCUGUGUUGUGGAUCAGCUGAGUUUAAACAAUCAUUGUCUGUAGCCUUUCUGCUACUCGUUGGCGUCACAAACGAAGUAACUUUUAAACUAACAAUUUAUGAACACAAGGAUUACAGUCGUCGAGGCCGGCAGCCUGACCUACAUGUUCUCGUAGUAUCACACGGAUUAUCACACGCCUAGGCAGUGUAUUACAACUGGAGCAGAGACAUGCAGGUGUACGACUGUAUCGUGGUGGGGGCGGGCAUAGAAGGCUCGUCAACGGCAUACAAUCUGGCCAAGAAUGGACAAAACACUUUGUUACUUGAACAGUUCCCUCUUCCCCAUUCCCGCGGAAGUUCCCAUGGACAGAGCCGGAUCACGAGAAUGGCGUACGGAGGGGCUGAUUAUUAUACGGAGAUGAUGAAAGAAGCUUACAAGUUAUGGGAGGAAUUAGAAAAAGGGUCUGGAACGACUUUAUACAAGAAAACGGGACUUCUGGUGGUCGGGAAAGCGGAAAGCAAUCUAAUUGCUGGAACGGUCCAGGCACUUCGGAAGUACUCGGUACCGUUCACAAAACUCGAUGAACAAGGCCUGCAGUCAAAAUAUCCGAUGUUGAACUAUUCUGGAGUUCAGGGUGUGGAGGACCACAUUGGAGGCGUGCUGUUCGCUGACAAGGCUUUGGCGGCUUUUCAGAGUGAGUUUGUCAAGCAUGGCGGCGUCCUACGUGAUAACGAGUCGAUGGUAGACAUAUUUCCUGGAGACAUUGUGACAGUAAAAACCAACAAGGGCAGCUAUCGCGGGCGGAAUCUGGUCCUAACUGUCGGACCCUGGGCCACCAAAAUACUGCCUCCUCUCGGUGUUCAUUUACCACUCAAGGCAGUCCGUAUUAGUGUGUUUUAUUGGAAAGAGAAAAUAGCGGGAGCGUACGGUGCUGAAACCUUCCCAACGUUUUUAGCUGCCAGCGGAAGUGGAGACUUUGACGUGUAUGGCCUACCGAGCUUAGAAUACCCGGGCUUGUAUAAGCUGUGCUUGCACUAUGGUCCCGAAAUCGACCCCGAUAGAAGAGACAUCGCAGACAGUUCCUGGGUUCUGGAGGAUAUGAAAAAGUUCGUGGCUAAACACUUCCCACUGUUGGAGCCUCACCCCGCCGUCACAGAAACAUGUAUUUACACAAAUACCCCGGACCACGACUUGGUACUAGACAGACACCCAGCAUGGCGGAACGUAAUCAUCGGAACAGGCUUCUCUGGACAUGGUUUCAAACUUUCACCAGUUGUGGGAAAAGUCCUGUCUGAUUUGGUCAUGAGAAAGACACCAUCCUACGACCUGUCUCAUUUUAGGAUCGACCGAUUCCAAAAAUCAUCCAAAUUAUGAGACUUUAAGCAUUCUCGGAUAACAAACUAAUCAAAUAAAACUUAUAAUAAUACACGGAUAGCUUCACAAACAUAUGAUUACCUUUUUGUAUGUGACACAUUUACUUAUAUGCUUAAAAAGGUAAAUCAAAA